AUGGUUGAACACCUCCAUCAUCAACUCAAGAGCUCAAUCAAGGCAUCUUCUGGUCCAUCACGUUGGUGUGAAAGUCUGCCACUAAUUCUUCUCAGCCUCCGGACACUUCUGAAACCAGAUCUUGUCUACACUCCUGCACAACUGGUGUAUGGUUGUAACCUACGUCUUCCUGGUGAUUUCUUUACCUCUUCUCCAGAGUCAUAUGUUUUGGACCCUACAAUUUAUGCACAACGUCUUCAAUCUACUAUGCAAAGUCUUCGGCCUACACCACCUCGCAAACAGGAUACCAAGUUUCAUCUUCCGUCAGCCUUAGCAUCUUGUAAGUUUGUCUUUGUGCGUCAUGAUGCCAUUCGCAAGCCACUUCAGCCACCAUACGGUGGGCCUUACAAGGUGCUUCAACGUCAAGACAAGCAUUUCGUUCUAGAGAUUGCUGGCACACAUAAAACAAUCAGCAUUGAUCGCCUCAAAGUGGCCCACUUGGAUCCUGAUUGUGACUCUUACAUAUCAACAGAAAACCAAUUCUUCCCAGUCAUUGACAACACACCAGUUUUCUCUAGUCACCAAUGCACGACACGUUCAGGGCGCAAAGUUCAUUUUCCAGAUCGCUUUGGUUUCUGA